AAAAAAGCGCGAAAAACCAACGGUUACUUUUGCUCACCUUUCAACGGCGCAGGUGGCCCCGAAUUAGCAGCGAGCACCGAGGAGACCGCAACUUCCUAGCCGAGCGGAAGUGGAGCGUAUGAGGCAGAGCGAGAGAGAAAGAUCCGCUGCUGCUGGAUGAAUUUUUAACGAGCGGCCAUUCUUUGGUGGUGACCGCCCGGGGGGCUUGAGUUCCACACACACGGGGUGGGAAUGACGUGGACGCCGCGGGUGGCCCCAUCACCACACACGCCACGCGGCGGGCUGUGAAUUGAAUGGAACCUCGCGGGCUCCUUCUUGUCGGAGGAGGAAAGAGGACCUCAACAGGUGGCGAAUGUUCUCCUCGGGACGAGCAAGAGGAAGAUGGUGCUCCCUGGAAGAUACGUAUAUAUAUGUGUGUGUGUGUGUGCGCGUGACGGAAUCUCCCCUCCACGCACACACGCUCUCGAAUCUCCAAGAAUCUGCGCGGAGGAGGACAGAAGAGGAAGAGGAGGAGGCGGAGGCUGUCCACGGGCUCUCACACUGCGGAACGCGCGCGGAGCUGCCUGGAGAUCCCCCUCCCAAAAUAUCGGCGGGUCCUUCCAUCGCCUGCACUCCGUCCGCCGCGUAGCGCCCUACCUCCCUCCCUACCUCCCUCCCUCCUUCCUUCCCCACGCGCGGACCUCACAUUUGACUGGCAAGACGGAAUAGGCACCUGAGCUCCUGGCCGUGGCCGGCCAGCGGGGGUCUUCGCGGACUCGACAGGUGGAUUAAUCCGAGCGUUGCGGUUCUCAUUUCUGGGUGGAGGUGCUUCUUGUGCGUGACCCCCCCCCCCCCCCCCUGCCCCCACUUCUUUCCCUCGGAUGGAGGUGCAAUUGAUGGAUUAAUUUCACGGGGGUGGAGGGGGGAGACUCACCCCUUGGAGGGCACCCGAAUGGAGUAACAGGCUGCAAUGUCAUCUCCGCCCGGCUGCCUGGAGAGAUGUGUCACGGGAAUGGGAUCAAGUUGAAAGACUUUGGCACCAGAAGAAGGCGGAAGGAGGAGGAAGAGAAUGAGGAGCCGGAGAAGAGGCGCGAUGGCCGGCCACCACGACGGCCACGCGCGGGUCGGGGAAGCGGCGGUGGCGCGCACGGACCCGCGAGACGAAGGCGCAAAACGCUCCUUGUGACAGCCAAGGGUACCAUGUGUGCGACGUUGUGGACGCUACUCCUCCUCUCGCACUGGGCGUCUCGAGCCACGUCCCAGAAGCCUCCGGGGCUCAGCGUGGGCGUAGUAAUGGGCCAGACCCGAAUGAUACCGGACCAGGACCUGCGACCCCCUCGCAACCCCGACGACGCCCUGGACAUAUCGGUGGUGCCCUUAAGGAUCAACCAGACCGACCCCAAGUCCGUCAUCACGCAGGUUUGCGAGCUGCUGUCACGAUCUCGCCUCCACGGCAUCGUGUUUGCCGACGGCACGGACCAGGAGGCCAUCGCUCAGAUUCUCGACUUCCUGUCCGUCCAGACCCAACUCCCCGUGCUGGGCGUGCACGGAGGCUCCUCCAUGAUCAUGGCCGACAAGGAUGAGAAGUCGACGUUCUUCCAGUUUGGCGCCGCCCUGCAGCAGGAGGCCCUCCUCAUGCUGGCCAUCAUGGAGGAGUACGACUGGCACGUCUUCUCCAUCGUCACCUCCAAGUUCCCCGGCUACCAGGACUUCAUCACCACCCUCAGGGUCACCGUCGACCACAGCUUUGUGCGCUGGGACCUCCAGAGCGUGGUGACUCUGGACGCAAUGGACGGAGACCCCAACUCCAAGUCUCACAUCGCCCUGAAGAGGAUCCAGAGUCCCGUCAUCCUGCUGUACUGCUCAAAAGAUGAGGCCGUCUACAUCCUGGAGGAGGCGCGCUCGUUGGGCCUGAUCGGAGCCGGCUACAUCUGGAUCGUGUCCAGUCUCACCACGGGAAACCCGGACUUUACCCCCGAGGCCUUUCCCCUGGGCAUGAUCUCGGUGUCCUACGACGACUGGGAGUACCCGCUGGAGACGCGGGUGCGCGACGGCGUGGGCAUCAUCUUGUGGGCGGCCACCGCCAUGCUGCGAGAGAAGAACGAGCUGCCCGAAGCGCAAGGCAGCUGUCACAGCACGCCGUCGGAGCGCAGCCCGGGCAAGCUGCCGCCCAGCGCCCUGCGCAGACACAUGAUGCACGUGUGGAACGACGGCAGGGAUUUGUCCUUCACGCCCGACGGCUACCAGGCCAACCCUAAGCUGGUGGUCAUUGUCCUGAACAGCGAGAGGACGUGGGAGAAGAUGGGUCGCUGGGAGAACGGCACGCUGUCGCUGAUGUUCCCCGUGUGGCCGCGCUACAACUCGCACGGCGACGAGGACGCCGACGAGAACCACCUGUCCAUCGUCACGCUGGAGGAGAAGCCCUUUGUCAUCGUGGACAACGUGGACAUCCUCACCGGGACGUGCAUGAGGAACUCGGUGCCCUGCCGCAAGCACGUCAAAGACAACAGCACGUCGGGGGGCUCGUACAUCAAGCAGUGCUGUAAGGGCUUCUGCAUCGACAUCCUCAAGAAGAUCGCCCGCAAUGUCAAGUUCACCUACGACCUCUACCUGGUCACCAACGGCAAGCACGGCAAGAAAAUCAACAACGUGUGGAACGGCAUGGUGGGAGAGGUGGUGUACAAGAAAGCCGCCAUGGCCGUCGGCUCUCUGACCAUCAACGAGGAGAGGUCGGAGGUCAUCGAUUUCUCCGUGCCCUUCGUGGAGACGGGCAUCAGCGUCAUGGUGUCGCGCAGCAACGGCACCGUCUCGCCGUCGGCCUUCCUCGAGCCCUUCAGCGCGUCAGUUUGGGUGAUGAUGUUUGUGAUGCUGCUCAUCGUCACGGCCAUCGCUGUCUUCCUUUUCGAGUUUGUCUCUCCGUUGGGCUUCAAUCGCAACUUGGCCCAAGGCAAAGACCCCCACGGCCCGUCGUUCACCAUCGGCAAGGCCAUCUGGCUGCUGUGGGGUUUGGUCUUCAACAACUCGGUGCCGGUGCAGAACCCCAAAGGCACCACCAGCAAGUUCAUCGUGUCCGUGUGGGCUUUCUUCGCCGUCAUCUUCUUGGCCUCCUACACGGCCAACCUGGCCGCCUUCAUGAUCCAGGAGGAGUUUGUAGACCAGGUCACCGGCCUCUCUGACAAAAAGUUUCAGAGCCCCUACUCGUAUUCGCCGCCCUUCCGCUUCGGCACGGUUCCCAACGGCAGCACGGAGCGCAACAUCCGCAAGAACUACCCGGACAUGCACCAGUACAUGACCAAGUACCACCAGACCGGAGUGCAGGAUGCCCUGGUCAGCCUCAAGACCGGCAAGCUGGACGCGUUCAUCUACGACGCGGCCGUGCUCAACUACAUGGCGGGCCGAGACGACGGCUGCAAGCUGGUGACCAUCGGCAGCGGCUACAUCUUCGCCACCACCGGCUACGGCAUCGCUCUGCAGAAAGGCUCCUACUGGAAGCGACUGGUGGACCUGGCCAUCCUCGGCAUCAUCGGCGACGGCGAAAUGGAGGAGCUGGAGGCGCAGUGGCUGACGGGCAUCUGCCACAACGAGAAGAACGAGGUGAUGUCCAGCCAGCUGGACGUCGACAACAUGGCGGGCGUCUUCUACAUGCUGGCCACGGCCAUGGGCCUGUCCAUCCUCACCUUUGUCUCCGAGCAUCUCUUCUACUGGCGCCUGCGUUACUGCUUCACCGGCGUCUGCUCGGGACGCCCCGGCCUGCUCUUCACCAUCAGCAGGGGCAUCUGGAGCUGCAUCCACGGCGUUCACAUCGACAUGAAGAAAAAGACACCCGAGCUGGACUUCAGCCCUCAGGCCAACAUGCUGCACCUGCUCAAGUCGGCCAAGUCCAUGGCCAUGUCGUCGCCCAAGCGCAACACGGUGCUGCUGCAGCCCAGCAUCCUCGACGUCAUGACCGGAAAAGGUAACUCGCUGCACGGCCUCGCUCCGAAGGGCCCCGGUCUCUAUAGCAACGCCGGCGGUCCUCAGGCCUUCCUGUCGCUGCCGGGGCGCCACAAGAACCUACUGAACAACGCGGCGCCCUUCCCGGCCCAGCAGAAGGCGCCCGCCCAUCAGGGCAGCCCCACGAACAAGCCGCAGCUGUCCGUCACCAACGACGACGACGGCACGAGCCGCCCGGGAGCGGCGGCGCCGUCUAAGCCCCGCGCCCUUUGGAAGAAAAGCGUCGAGACUCUGAAGACGCAGCCCGGCGGGGCGGCUCCGGGCGGCGGCGCCGCGCCGACGCCAGCCGCGCCCCCGGCGGCCAUGAAGAGCCAGCGCUAUCUCCCCGAAGAGCCGCCGCCUCCUCCCCGCUCGGACAUCUCCGAGUGCUCCAGUCGCCCGACGUCCCACAAAGACUCCGACUCGGUCGCGACGAGGGCCGCUUUCAAAUCCGUUAACCAGUUGAGGAAGCGGGCAGGCGGCGGCGGCGGAUCCAAAAUCUUCUCCAUCGACUCAGACCAGGCCAGCCUGCAGUCGGCGCCGCCCUACCAGCGCGACAGCCAAGGGGGCAGCGACGAGCAACCGUACCCGCCCGAGGGCACGUACUCGCACAAGGGGGACGCGCCGGUCCUGCAGUUGAGCGCCACCUUGCUGCACCACAGCCACAGCGCCGAGGCCGACCUGCACUCCAUGAAGGACAAGAAGUACAGCACCUACACGCACAGCAGCAGCGCCAAAGACAAGUCGAGCGGAUCCUUCGAGGCCCCCGGGUCGGCCGUGGGCUCUCAGGGCGUGCGUCCGGGCCACUGCCGCUCCUGCCUGACCAAACUGAGCGGCUACUCGGGUCUGUACACGGUGCGCCCCCCGCAGGCCCGCUGCGACGCCUGCGCCCACCUGGGCAACCUGUACGACAUCCGCGAGGACCACCUGAACUACUCCAACGCUCCCGAUAUGUUUGCCCACUACCUGCCCCAGAGCCAGCUGGGGAUGGUGGGCGAGGGCGACGACCUGGUCAGCCACUUUGAGCCGGCGGCGCCCCGCUCGCCGUCCGCCUUGACGGCCGCCUCCUCGCCCGUGGCGCAGCAUUUGCAGCUGAGCCGCCAGCCCUCGUACGAGAACAUGCUUCCGGACGGCGCGGCUCAAUUGCGGGGGCUGGGCCUGCCCGACCGGGACCGGGAGAUGACCCUGGACGAGGGCGCCUACGCCAACGUGCUUACCAUGCGCUCCGACCGCCCCUUCAGCGGCCGCAGUCCGUCCUCGCCGUCUCCCUCGCACCACCGAGGCUCGGACGUGCCCCUGCCCCUGCCCCGGCGGUCCAAGAGCCUCUUCCCUGACCGGCCCUCGCAGAACCCCUUCCUCCAGUCGGGCACGGCGCAGCGAGAGUCGGCCGGCCACGCCCACGCCGCCGGCCAGACGGCCGACCGAGCGCUCUACAAGCAGCAGCGCCCGCCGCUCUCGCUCACUCUGGGCAACCACGGAGGCCACCACAUCAAUCACCACAUGGACCCUCAGAUGUUUUACCCCCAACAAGAGCCCCCAGUGGUGGCCUACAUGGUGCCGCCCGCCGCCGCUCAGCCCAUGAGCUACGUGACGGCGCCGCGAGCUUCCAGCGCCGGCGGCAACCGGCCCCGCCUCUACCGACGCAUGCCCAGUAUUGAGUCUGACGUGUGAGACUCGCCGCUUCCUGUAACUCACACACACACACACACACAGGAUUUCUGGAACAUUGACCCGCCCCCCUGCCCUCCUCACCAGCCUUCCAAGGGGACAAACCAACCCUCCAGCACUCCCACAGUAAUUGAACCUACUCAGUUGGGGGCUGCUGUGUGUUCCAGGGUCUCGCCGCCCCAACGCACGCACACACACACACACACACACACACACACACUGGGAAAGACUGUUUGAUCAUGUUGAUGUCAGCCAAUUGAACAUUCCAAACCAAAUCAAUCAUUUUAUGGGUGAAAAAAAAAAAGAUGCUCUCAGGAUGAGGCGUGGGUCCGAGAGGACUCUCGAGAUGGACACACACACACACACACACACACACACACACAAACAAAUAUACUAUAUAUAUAGCAUUUAGCGUUCUAGCUUCCUCUCUUAGCUCUUAGCCUUCAGGUCACACACUUGCAUGCUUCCUUGACAACCCUGCGUGACACGCACACACACACGUAUGCAGGGUCAUAUAUGGGCACACACACGCAAGUGCGCACAGAGUGUGUGUGUGGGUGUGUGUGUGUGUAUGUGUGUGUGGGUGUUGUUGCGGUGAGCUAGCCUAGCCUUUGUGCACUUUGUACAUUUUCUAACCUGCCACCAAACACAAACCAAAAACAAAUACUUUUUGAUACUCACACAGUUGGCUGGGUUUUUUUUUUUUUGUUGUUGUUUUUUUCUCGUCUUUUGGGCUGUGGCGCCAAGUAUAAGCUCACCAGUAGAGUAUUAGAUUUCUUUUUUCGCGGCUUCAUUCGUACACGUGCGUGCGAGUGUGCCUCGGCCUGGUAGUGCUAUAAGAUUAGCCGUGGUUUCAAAAGUUGCUGUUUUGCCAAAUCUUUUUUUUUUUUUUUUUACUUGAGUCUCUAUGGAAGGUCCCGGAAGAUGAACCCACACAUACAUCUGAAAGAAAAAUAUAGAAAUAAAUAACACUGUGUCAGAGACCAGCAUCACGUGGGUGGUACACACACACACACACCACACACAAGCUGUGUCCCAAUUGGGGGUCUAACUGUCUGAACUCCAUUGUCCAAUGAGGUCAUAUUAAAUCAAAUCAAAAAACAAGGAAAGAGAAUGAAAAUAAUAUAACGUACUUUCUGUCCUGGAGAGGCUGCCAUUGACUUCAUAUCAACUGCAGCCUGUGAAGGAUGUAUUUCAAGGUGUCUGUGAUUUGGGAAAGGAAAGUUUCAGUGAGGUUAUGAUGUCAUCACCUUCAAUAUGUCCUUCGGAGAUUACAGUUGAACUCGGCCAGCCCGCUCGUGGGGUCGUGGGUCUUCAAGUGUGCUCGCCUAAAGAUGGAUUUGAAGGAGCCUUUAAUCUGCCAUGAGAUGUGUGUGCUGUUAUGAUGUCAUUGGCCUUCAAAUGCAGCGUUAUUGCUUUGAAAACGGGGUGUACCCAUGGUGAUUUGGGACAACGCCUUUGUCAUGGGCCUUCACGUUUGGAUGGUUUGGAGAUACUUUGUUUGAUUUGAGACAGCCUUUGCUCAAAUGCAACUUGCCAUUUGGACAACGUGGCAUUACGAGAUCAUAGGCCUUGGAAUGCACAUGAGGAGGGUCGCUUGUGAUUUGGCUCAACCUUUUGUGUGGACGUCAAGCUUCAAAUGCAGCUUUGGAAGGAAUCGUAGAUUAGUGGCAACCUUCAUUUGCGGCGGCCUUCAUUUUGGGCAACCUUCUCGUGGCAUCCUCAAUAGGGACACAGCCACGCCACUAGAAGUGCUGACAAUAGAUUCAUUCCACUUACUUUUUGAGGGUGGAAAAAGGAAGAUUUGGAUGUCAAAAGCAUUUUUUCCCUAUUUCAACCCCCCCACACACUGUUGUGCACAAUCUCAUGCCGUGGCCGCACACACUCAAAAUGGCCUGGAGUGAGUCAUAUGCACAAUAUCAGGUUGCAAUAUUAUUAUGUUUAUGUACAGAUCUUUUUUUUUUUUUUUAAUCGAUGGGGAUGGUGCGGAUGCUUCAUUCCAACGACAACUUUCUAUUCUUACGACGAUAAACUGGCAUGUUUUCGAUUCUCAUGUGAGCGUUUUUGUAUUUUUUCUUUUUUCCUCGCUGCCAUGUCAGUGCUAGUUGGGGAAUCGAUGAGGAGUGCGCGCUUCCGAGCCCGUCCACUCGCUUCUCUUUCACUACAAGUCUGUGCUGUUUCACCUCCGUGUGUGCGUGUGUGUGUUUGUGUUUGCGCGUGCGCGGUGUACACUAAGCAGGCAUUUAUAUAAGACAAUGGAUGAAGUUUGUGUGUGUGUGUGCGCAUACUUUCCUCUUCCGUUCUUCCCUUCAUCCCACUCGUAACAUUUGACCCACUCAUGUAACACAACACACACACACACCGUGCGCUUUGUGUGCGUGUGCGUUGUACCAUCACUUGAGAAUUUUCACACUUUUUUUUUUUCCAACUUGCAUGAGUGUGCUUGUGUUUCUGCUGGUUUCUUUUUUGGGGUAAUCAUUUAUUUUUGGACCAGAGCGCGCGCACACACCGACACACACCGACACACACGCACGCGCGCACACACACCUUCUAUGCUGAUGUGUGUUUGUGUGCUGUUACUCGCCCUUGCGUCUAAGUUCAGGGGUUUCUAAGCUACUGCUUGCGUUGUACAUAAGACUUGUCACUCGGUACCUCUGUACAAUGUGUAAAUAAGUAAAGGUUACAUUUUU